UGUUUCUUAACAAUGGAGGUCUAGCUAUGUGACCUACCUAGGAAAUCUCAGCUCGACCUGACGUCAUAUCGGCCGCUUGUUCCUUCGAGUUUAUAUGGAAGAAGUAAGCGGUCAAGUGGGACAGCCAAGACUGCAGAGCCACAGAAGACGCAAUAGGACAGUGAGGCGAUGCUGAUAAAAUGUGCUCGGCUUUUCUGAUAAUUGCCGGUGCGUCCCUCUGGCUGGCGUGCACCCCACAGCAGGCGACGUCUUCAAGCGUUGAAUCUGCACGGAAGCCCAAUGUCCUUCUAAUAAUUGCGGAUGACCUGCGGCCAACCUUGGGCUGCUAUGGCGAUGAGCUGGCGCUGACACCGUCCAUCGACAGCUUGGCUCAAUAUGGUGUGCUCUUCACAAAUGCUCACGCACAGCAAGCCCUCUGUGGACCGAGCAGGACAUCGUUCCUGACAAGCCGCCGGCCAGACACGCUUCGCGUCUAUGAAAACCACUGCCACUAUUGGCGCCACACAGUGGGCAACUUCACCACGAUUCCACAGUACUUCAAGGAAAACGGCUACCACACUGUCAGCGUGGGCAAAGUCUUUCAUCCAGGACCUCCAACUGGCCGCCACCUGGACUAUCCGUACAGCUGGUCUGUCAAGCCAUUUACGCCGAAAUCCCUAUAUUUCGAGAACAAAGAGGUUUGCCCCGACCCGAGCGGUACCCCCAAGGCGAACCUUCUGUGCGCUGUGAACGUGUCCACGCAACCCCUACAAACGCUGCCGGAUCUGCAGAACGUUGAAGUCGCGACGAAAUUCUUGAGAGAAUGGCCUUCAAGAGAGGGCACAAGCAGCGCACAGACGCCCUUCUUCCUUGCUGUUGGCUUCUACAAACCCCAUGUUCCUUUCAGGAUACCGAAAGAGUACCUCGAGCUGUACCCCAUUGAACGUAUCAGGCUUCCACCAGACCAUGAGCUACCCGUUGACCUACCACCUGUGGCUUGGAAUCCUUGGACUGACGUCAGAAGGCGUCACGAUGCCAGCCUCCUCAACGUCAGCUUUCCGUACGGCCCUCUCCCAGUUGACUUCCAGAAAGAAAUACGCCGACAUUACUACGCGGCGGUUACGUACAUGGACAAGCAAGUGGGAAAGGUUCUGACUGCACUCGAUGAGGCUGGCCUUCGCAGCGACACGCUAAUCGUCUUCGUAGGCGAUCACGGGUGGUCACUCGGCGAGCACCAGGAGUACAGCAAGUACAGCAACUUCCAAGUGGCCACGAACGUACCCUUGAUCGUGUCACCGCCGAGGUCCCAAAGAAGCUCAACACCAGGAAAAGCGGCGGAACGUGUCGACGACCCAGUGGCAUUGGUGGACCUGUUCCCAACACUGGCGUCUCUGGCGUCGCUUCCAGUGCCUCCCAGCUGCCAGUCGGCGGUUGGUUCGUCGCAGAGCCAGACGACCUGCACGGACGGCGUAAACUUGGUUCAUCCAGUGGAACGAAAGGAGGUGCUGCACCAGUACCCGCGCCCUUCGGCUACCCCGCAGGAGAACAGCGAUCAGCCGGUACUCGGAGAUAUUCGCAUCAUGGGCUACUCCAUGCUGUCGCGCGACUACCGCUACACCGAGUGGAUUGGCUUUGACACGACGAACUUCCGCCGAAACUGGACCAACGUUUACGCCCGCGAGCUGUACAACUUGAGCUCGGACUCUCGCGAAGACCGCAACGUGGCGGGCUCGCCAGAGUACAAAGACGUCGUCGUAGCGCUGUCCUCCAGGCUUCGCGAACUUGUUGGAAGCUGAGCGGUUUCUAAAGGCGCUCGUAUAGCGCGAGUUGUCAAAUAAAUGCGCGUGCUCUCGUAAGAGAAG